AUGAUUGUCGGAGGGGAAAUCUACCACGACUUGCACACUGGCAACAAGGUAUUGUUCGGAAAGGUAUCAAUCAAAUCAUUCGAAAUCCCCCGAGUAUGUCACCUCACCACUGUGGACCGAAACUUGGAACAAGCUCUCCAGAAAUUCUGGGAGUUAGAAGCUGUCGAACCGUGUUCUAAGGUCACAACCGAAGAAUAUCUCUGUGAAGAACUGUAUGCCAUUACCACCACUCGCGAUUCGUCGGGUCGUUACGUUGUUUCCUUGCCACUCACCCGCGAUCCGCUCGUCACUCUAGGUAAUUCACGUACCAUUGCCAAACGUUGCUUGUUGAACCUCGAAAGACGUUUUAAGCUAGAUCCAACCACCAAAGAGGCCUACUGUCGCUUCAUGGAAGAAUACGAACGCCUAAACCACAUGGUGAAACUCGUGGAUCCAGUAGACGAAACCCAGCCGCACUGCUACCUGCCGCACCAUCCGGUGUUUAAAGGGUCCAGCACUACCACGAAGAUUCGAGUCGUGUACAACGCGUCUUGCAAGACCUCGUCUGGAUUCUCUGUGAACGACUUACAGUUAGUUGGACCCGUCGUUCAAGAAGAUCUACUGUCGAUCCACAUCCGAUUCCGCAUCCACCAGAUUGCAUUCGUUGCCUACGUGGAGAAAAUGUACCGGCAAAUCCUGCUGAACCCCUCGUGUCGCCGGUAUCAACUUAUCCUCUGGCGUCCCAGCCCAGAUCAACCGAUCGCAACGUACGAAUUACAAACCGUAACAUACGGUUUCGCGUCAGCUCCAUUCUUGGCAACCCGUACGCUCCAACAGAUUGCGCUGGACGCAGCCGUAACAUAUCCAGCCGCAGCCGCGGCAGCUCAGAGAGACUUCUAUGUGGAUGACUUUCUGUCUGGUGCCGACAUUGUUGAAGCCGCAAUCCGCAUUCGCCGUGAGAUGUCCGCCAUGCUAUCAACCGCAAGCUUUCCACAGCGUUUAUGGUCGCUGAAGACCGAUGAAGGAGAUUCCUACGAGUGGGAUCGUCCUUUACCUCCAACUCUCCAAACUGAGUGGAAAGAAUUCCACGGAACACUUGAUACCAUAGCCACUCUCCGCAUUCCACGUUGUGUAUCCUUGGCUAACGCAACCUCAUUCCAACUCCACGUCUUUUCCGAUGCCUCACAGAGAGCAUACGGAGUAUGCUGCUAA